AUGUCACGCGCCUUAGCCUCGCUGGAGCAGCAGCUGGGGCCCCAAGCGCGGCUGCUGGCGACCAGCGCCGAGGUGUUGCUCCCGCGCUUGGAGAAGCGCGGCGUGGACGUGGCAGACCUCAUUGCCUUGAGCCGGAGCGCAGCGUUCUGUGGGUCGACCGCCGUGGCCAUCUACGUCUUCCCGAUGGCGCUGGAUGGAGCGAGGUCUCUCCUGGAGGAGCUGCUUGGCAAGAACUUGCUGGAAACUGAAGAUGACCUACUGGUCGGAAGCCGUGCACAGAGACGGUCCAUCCCCAGAUCGCUUCGAAGAUCUUCCGCCAGCGAGGCGGUGACGGACGAGGUGAUACGAAUCAUCAAGCAGGAGUGCCCGUCCUUCUCAGGCGAGGUCCAGAAGAGCACUGCCUUAGCGAUGCUGCAGUCGGAGGCAGAUUCCUUGGAUACCCUGGAGGCCAUGAUGGAGCUGGAAGAUCACUUCAAAGUGGAGCUGGAAGACGAGUGGAUGGAAGAGGUGCAGACAGUGCAAGACCUGGCAGACCUCAUUUGGCGCACACCGCGGGGCUUGAAGCUGCGUACCGUGGACGAUGAGACCUACAUUGCGCUGGCCACUGAUUUAACAAACAUGACAGGCUGGGGCGAGCUUUAUGAUGGCUGGGAGAAAGAUAUCCCACCACAGUAUGAGCACCGCGGUCCAUCCUUAGCCGAAGCUGAUUCAAAGCAAAGCACCCAGAUGGAAAACAUCGAGAACGCCCAAAGUAUGGGACCGAAGGGACCGGCGGCCAAGAUCACCAAGGCCUCUUUGACCGUGCCCCAGUUGAGAAGUUUGCUGAGGGACCUGGGCCUGGACGAUUCAGGUCCGAAGGCCGAGCUUCUCCGGCGUCUAGGCGUCACAACAGGUGUCGCAGAGAUUCGCAGAGUAUUCAGGGAUGGUCAGUUUUGCCUCACCUACAAUGUUGGUUUAUUUCGCCUAUCCACGGGAUGUGAAGUCGCCACAUGUGGCAUCGCUGCAUCGCCUUUGGGCGCCCGAUGUCGCAUGACCGGAAGGCGCGCGGUGCCGUAUGGACGACUGGCCACAGAUGUCAUUCUGCCACAAGCAGAUGUUGAUGAGGAGCUGGCGACGUUCUACGUCUUCCGAGAUGAUAUCGUGAUGUUUCCCAUCUCCUACUCGAUCCCAAAGGACCGGAUCCUGCGGGAGGUCCCUGAGAAGACGGAGUUUGCAAUGAAUGAUUCGAUGAAGUCUUUCCAGUUCAAGAACUACAAUUUUGGACCCCACCAGGAGGAAGAGUAUCACCAGCACAUUCAGAAGCACCGUUUCGGUGACACACGGAGGAAAGGUGGCUUUGAUUGUCUCAGGCACUAUGAGCUGAUGGCGAAUGGCUGCAUCCCGAUAUUUCACGACUUGGAGCACUUGCCCAAGAGCAUUCUGCGCACGCUACCCAAAGAUCUUCUCAUGGAGGCGAAGGCGCUCUUCGCCUCCGAAAGCGCGACAGCGGAGACCGCGCUGUCGUCGGCGGCGCCGAACACGGCAAGGUACAUGGACUUGGCACAGGAGAUGCUGCUGUGGUCGCAGUCCUCAGUGGCCAUGGCUAGCAUUAGGGACUUGAAAAUGGUCGGAGAGACUUGUGCCAUUGGAGGAUGCUACAUCGUGGUGAGUGCCAGUUUGAUUGCAUUCAACAAAUAUCUCAUGAAUGCCGAGCUCUUUCCUUAUGCCAAAGCGAUGACUGCGAUGCACAUGCUCAUGACCACUCUUCUGUCACUCUUGCUCUACACUGUCGCACCUUCGCUGUACCCAAGCAUGGAUAAAGCCAGGGAAAACUGGAGAACGGUCCUGAAAUAUAUCCUGCCCUUGGGCAUGCUCUUUGCCUUAGCUCUUUAUUGCUCCAACCGAGCAUAUCUCUACUCCUCGGUGGCCUUUCUUCAAUUCUGUAAGGAGGGCAAUGUAGCCUUGAUCUUUGCCAUGUCCUGUGUUUUGGGCUUGCAGGUCUUUAGCUGGCACAAGGUGUGCAUUCUGAGCAUCGUCGUGGCCGGAUGCUCCUUGUGUGCACAUGGCGAGAUCAAUUUCGUUUGGGCGGGUUUUCUCCUGCAGAUCACGUCGCAGAUGGCAGAGUGUUCUAAAAACCUCAUCGGGGAGGUGGUGAUGUCUGGUGCAGGUAUGAAGCUGGACGUGUUGACCUUUGUGAUGUUCCAAGCUCCGUGUUCUUUGGUGCCUUUGCUGAUCAGCCUCGUUCUCUCCUGGGAGCAUGACAUUUGGCUGGCCUUCCAGGCCCAUUGGCCGAUGAUUCUGUUGAACGCUUUGAACGCCUUCUGUUUGAACCUCAUUAUUGCCACGACCCUGAAGCGCUUGUCUGCCGUCGCCUUCGUCAUCAUCGGCAUCGUCAAGGACAGCGUGAUCGUCAGUACCUCCUCAUUGGUCUUUGGUGACCACAUCUCGCCCCAGCAGCAGACCCUGGAAGCCAUGGACUUUGAUACGCUCAUGCCAUCGCAGUCACCAUGCCGCCAUGUAGGUUACAGGAAGGUGUCGCCGGUGUCGCCGUCGCCGGUUGCAUGGGCGGACCCAGCCGGCAGUACCAGCCUUGGACUACACAGCUCAGCCACAACCGGGUCGUGGUCCACACAUGGACCCCGUCAUGAGCGCAUCAUCCGCAAGAUGUGCCUCAGGAGUUUCUUGCGUGCCAAUGGGUUCAAGGAGGGCGACAUACACACCGCACGGGUGGGUGGCUGCUUCUUCAAGAGAAAGAGCGUCUAUCCGAUUCAUGUUGCGGCCAUGCAGGGAGACUAUGAUGUGAUGCUCCUCCUUUUGGAGGAGGGAGCAGAUCCAGAGGCAGAAACCUCCAGGGGUCGCACGGCAUUGGAUUGUGCACUGACAGGGUGCGGUUCCAGCCAGAUGACGGUGAAACUCUUGCAGCAGAAGAUCCAGGAGCAGCAAAGCGCCAAGCGGGAAACCGAGCCCAUCCUCGCGCGCGAGCUGCGCAGCUCCAGGUCCGACGCGGCCCAGCGGGAGAAGAUUACCACGGAGAGCACUGCAAGGUACAUUCUUCGCACCCUGAACAUCGAUGAGGCAACUGCCAAAGUCUUGUUUCUUCCCUGUUCGCCCUUCGAUAACUUUCCGUCGUACUUGACUGCUUCGGUCUUCCACGGCCUUGUGUCGCUGCUUGGCGACAGGGUGGUGGAUGUGCCAGAAUAUGUCUAUGCAUAUCAGUACGACUCAGGUGGAGAUUUUGAGGGAGAUAUGAAGCUCAGGGCCAACAUUUGGGGCCAAGGUUUUACCCUGGGUUUCAAGUUGCCGCAGCGGCCAUUCCUGGACCGCAGCAACAUCUCUGCACGCAUCGGGCGACGUGAGUUUGACCUCAUUGUGUUCGGUCGGAUGAGUGCCUACGAGCCCUGCAAUUUCUAUGCACCUUUUGGUGAUCGGCCACAAGCAGUGCCUGAAUUCUACGAAGACGUGUCAAGGUCAUACCCCAAAGAACGGGUGGCGUUGCUCUACGGCGAUGAUUCAGGUAUUGAUGAUCCGGUGAUGAGGACGCAGCUGUACCGAAUGGCUCCCAUGAACUCGGGUCUUGGGAUGGUCUUCCUCAGAGAGCUGUUGCCCUUCGUCUCCGAAGGUUCUGAUGGCGAGACCUUGAGGCCGGUGGAUGGCCGUGUGCUGCAGCCCGGCUGUUUCUAUGAGGAGUGGUUGGAGUUUUUCCGUUUAUGGCGUUCUCCCAGUUGCAGAGAAGCUGGGAGUUGCCUUGUGGACUGCGUGACCGUGGGACACUGCGAAGCCGUCAGGGAGCUGAUGGAGUCCGCCAGCUUCGAGCUGCUUCCACCGCAUGAUCCUCCCAUCGCACAGCAGUUCUGUCGCAGCGGUUUCUUGCUGAAGGCAGCGGUGUUGGUGCAAUACUACCUGCCAGAUGCGUGUUUGGAUGACUUGCAUUGCAAGAUCUUCUGCCAGACCUCUCUGGACUACACUCGGCAGCUGAAAGCUGUGCCCGCGGAGCCAUUCUUCCGCGAGACGGGCAUCACCCCGCAGCAUGUGCUGCUGCUGUUGUCGCAGGGCUGUGCUGGAGCGCUGCUGGCGCUGCAACCAGCGGCCCAUGCGAAGGAGUCGGAGUCCAAAGGGGCGCCCAGCAAAGUGGGGAAGGACGUGCUGCUGCUGUCAGAUGAGCCAUGGCGUGAGGCACGCAACGAAUGGCAGGCGCGCCUUCUCCUUGCACAAGGCUAUUCACUUCAUGUGGUAAGUCCAUUGCCAGUGGAGAUCCCGGUGCGCCUUCAACUUGCCGCGGAGCGCUCGCAGCUGCUGCAAAGUCAUCGCGGAGAACGGGACGCCUGCGACCAUCUCCAGGGCUUUGGUAAUUCCACCGUUCUGGCGCACUUCGAUGGUGAGUUGCCUUCGCUGCACUGCUUGCUGCAAGGUUUCGAGCCUCAGUACGUCACGCUGCAGAGUACAACCUGGCAACUGCGCUGCAGUUGGGAGCAAGGUCCAAGAAAAAAUCCGUGA